AUGGCUUCUACCCUCGAGGCUGAGGUCCCUCACAACAACUUCGACGUACGUACUGCCACUACCCCGCCAAAGCCUAGAAGUUUGAGUCUCGAGACUCACUUUGUCUUCACUUUCCCCGAUUUGCGAUUGAACAUCCUCACCAUCUUGGUGCUCGAUUUUGGCUCGCAGACAAGCCACCUGAUCUUGCGACGACUCCGAGCUCUUGGUGUCUUCGCUGAGCUGCUUCCGUGUACCACCAAGGUCACUGAGCUGUCAUGGAAGCCCAAGGGAAUUAUCUUCUCUGGAGGCCCUUCUUCUGUCUAUGACGAGGGCUCGCCCCAUGUUGAUCCUGCUGUUUUCGAACUCAAUGUGCCUAUUCUUGGCAUCUGCUAUGGUUGCCAGGAGAUUGCUUGGCGAAUCGACUCAAAGAAUGUCGUCCGUGGAGAGACACGAGAAUAUGGCCAUGCGGACGUUACCAUCAACAAAGUCAACACUCAUGCCGACCGGCUCUUUGCUGGAAUGGGAGACGGCAUUUCUGUCUUCAUGUCCCAUUUUGACAAGCUAAUCAGCCUUCCCAAGGACUUUGUGGUCAUUGCUGCCACCAAGAACUCUGAGUUUGCCGGCAUUGCCCACCAGGAGAAGCCCAUCUUUGGUGUCCAAUUCCAUCCCGAGCUCGAACACACCCCACGUGGAACCGAGCUCCUCUUCAACUUCAGCGUCAACAUUUGCGGAGCCCAAGCAAACUGGAAGAUGGGCAACUUUGUCGAGCUCGAGAUUGCUCGCAUCCGGGAGCUUGUUGGUCCCAAAGCUCUCGUUAUUGGUGGCGUGAGUGGAGGUGUCGACAGCACUGUAGGAGCGACUUUGAUGCGAGAGGCCAUUGGAGACCGAUUCAUCGCUAUCGGUGUGAACAACGGCUGCAUGCGUCUCAACGAGUUCGAGGAGGUCAAGAAGAACCUCAGGGACCACCUUGGCAUCAACCUUACCGUCGUCGAGGCUGGUGACUUGUUCUUGAGUCGUCUUGAGGGUGUUUCUGACCCCGAAAAGAAGCGAAAGAUCAUCGGAUCAACUUUCAUCGACGUGUUCGAGAAGGAGGCUAUUAGAAUCGAGAAGGAAGCAGAGAACACACCAAACUCCGGUAGAGUGGAGUGGUUCCUGCAAGGAACACUAUACCCUGAUGUCAUCGAGUCGCUCUCAUGGAGAGGUCCUUCAGCGACAAUCAAGACUCACCACAACGUCGGUGGUUUGCCCGAGCGAAUGAUGAAUGGCCAAGGUUUACGUCUUAUCGAGCCGCUACGACUUCUAUUCAAAGAUGAAGUGAGGGCAAUUGGUCGUCAACUCGGCAUUCACGAGUCGCUGGUUGGCAGACAUCCAUUCCCCGGCCCGGGAAUCGCUAUCAGAAUUCUUGGUGAUGUCACCAAGGAGAGAGUUGAGAUCGCCCGAAAGGCUGACAACAUCUUCAUCAACAUGAUCAGGGAGGCUGGUCUUUACGACGAGAUGUCCCAAGCCUUCGCUGGUCUUGACACUAGCCGCAGUGUUGGUGUUUUUGGAGAUCAGCGUGUCUGGGGUUACAUUAUCAUCCUCCGCGCUGUUCGCACUAAGGACUUCAUGAGCGCCGAGGUGUUCAACUUUGACAACGCGUUCCUCCAGGAGGUCUCGCGCGCCAUUUGCAACCAGGUAGAUGGCGUAUCCCGUGUUGUCUAUGAUCUAACUUCAAAGCCUCCUGGCACUAUUGAGCUGGAAUAG